AUGUUGACGCGAACAGGGGCCGUCGCGGCAGACGCGAUGGCAACAUGGUGCUUUCCGUUGGAGAAGGUAAAGGGCUUUCUUACCGUCAAGAAUGACCUCGCGAUGGCAAUAGACGAUGACAGUGACAAUGGAGAUGACGACUGGGUACUCGAUAGUGGUUGA